AUGUCAGUCGGGUCGCUGAUCGAUCUGAGCGCCGAGAAAGUCGCCCAGAACAUUCUAGUCGGUUAGUUUCAGACGUUUUAUGCACAAAAACCCAUCGCGCCUUUUUCAUUUUCAGAACGAUUUCGCCCGUCGACUAUCGAUUUUUCGGUGCCGAGCGGGAAUCGAGUGUUCGAGCACGCGAUCAAGAUGUGGCCGGUUUUGUACGGAGCACCACAGAGCACGAUAGAAAAUGUGCUUGAAGAAUUGGCCGAGCUCAAGUUCACGGAGGCGAAUUUCUAUGAGGCAUGCAUCGAAAGCCGCUUUUUUCCGAUUCUCCUGAAGCAAUCGUUGAUAGCGCUGACGAUCGGCAGCGAAGUGCGCACGGAGGAUGAAGAUUUGGAGGCCGGCUAUGGAAAUGGUAAGAUUUCGAAGCGCCUAGACAAAAAACAAUGGAAAACCAAUUCAGAAGAUGAUGAAAUAGAUAUUGUGCAAGUGUUGGAGAGUCUGUCAAGUGCGGACACCCGACAAAACCUCAUGCAUUUGGAUGUUUCGACGGCGCCCGACAGGCUAUUCGAUGAAAAUUGGAUGGAAAGAGUCGGGCGUCUGUUCCGCACCUGGAAAGCUUAA